AUGGACGAUAAUCUCCUCGAUGCCCUGGACAAUACGUGGGCCACUGCCGCCACGGCUCCAGGCAUGGGCAUACCCGGAUGGCUUUACCGCCGGUGUCUAUAUCUGCUGGACGCCCAGUCGAUGCCCGACGCAAUUGACACCAGGGACCGCAUCCAAAAUGAUUUGUUGACUCAAACGGGCAUUCGUGUACCUUGCCAGCUCAUGAGGGCCAUAGCGCUAACAUACGUUGACAUAAACCCCUACAGACGUCAUCAGAUUUAUAAUUUUACCGAAGCUCAAAUGCGACCAGCCGAGGGUGACGGUCAAAUCCAGCCCGUAGGCCCAAUCCGUCGGAAGGCAGACAAUGUAGCGCAAGAAGAGAGGAGUCGAAUGGAGGCCGCGCACAAUCUCCUGAGCAUCAGUGGUCAAGUACCUCAAGCAGCCUCCUUGACUGUUGAUUUGGAGUUCACAGAAGAAACAGGUACCACGAACCAGGGAAACCACUUUCAGAAUGAUUCCAGCGUUGGGGCCUCUCUUCCAGCGGAUGACCAUGUUUUAGCACCUGUAACGGACGGUCACGAUGCUAAUGCAAGCAGAAACCAGACACAUCCUCAACAAGGCUUGCUACUCAGUCUAGAGCAGCACACGUCGCCCUCAACAGAAAUAGAGCGCUCUGGCGCCCAAGCCCGUCUUCGCGCUAUUCUGCGCGAUAUCAAUGCCGCCGAGAUUAUUGGUAUGCCUCUGGAUGGCGAGCAUGUGCAGCCUACUGACCAGUACCUUUCGCCUCUUGGACAGCAUCUCCCUCCUGCAACGCCGCCAAGGGGAGACGGCGACGUUCUUACUCCUGCCUCAAGAACACGAGCGGGACCACGUACGGGCAAGGGAGGGUCGAAGACGGCUUCACCAGCGACCACUGCCAAAGUCGAUACAUCUGGAGGUCGUCCGACAGAGCGUACACAGCGAGCCCGGCCCACACGUGCACAGCAGAAGCCGGCAGUCAGUGUGCUCUCGGAAAGAGUGACCAGAUCAUCUACCGCCGAGCGGAAAAGAGAGGAGCUCGAUGAUGCCAAAAAGACCCAAGCCGACGGUGAGUAUUCGAGCAGUACCAGCAAGGACGAGUAUCAAGCGACAAGGAGGCCUCGCUUAAUUCUGAGCAUCAAUAUCACGACAGGCAAGAUUUCAAAGAGCUGCGGCGAAGAUGCACAAAUCAAUGAUAAAGCCACUGGAGAAGAUCAAAAUCGCGGUGAGGACAAGGGAAGGACGAGUUCGCCAGCACAAUUGCAAGGGCCAGAGGAUCGACCCACCCCAUUGACUCCCAGGAGACUGAUUCUGCAUGCUCCCACGAUAGUAAACCCCAGAAGACUGAUUUUAAAUCCUCCAAAGGCUCCCAUGGAGACCAAACCUACAGGUAAGUCCCGCAAGAGACCACGGAGCCAAGAGCAACAGGACAGAGGUGAUGCGGCCAAGGAUAGUGAUAAUGGAAAGGGGAACGUCCCAGCAAAGAAGCAGCGCACUGGUAAAUAG